GGCUGAGUCACCAGCUCCUCAAAAGCAUAUCUUCAGAUGCCCUUAGGUUCUGCUCAAACCCAUGCUAAAGAUCUUGCACUGAGACAAACUACCAUCCUGUGCCAGGACAGGGACCCUGGAACUGGGACUCUGGACAGUACCAGAUGCUAUUAUAUUGUAUAUAGGGGAUAAUUUUUCCUAGCAUCUUGAAACAGGAGAGUGAUAUUCUUCAUGCAGGAGGCUUAAGGAAACAUUUCUCUUAAGGUUAAAUACUUUUGCUUAUCAGAAAGGCCUAUGUUUUACUCAGAAGAAUCUUGCUAGUGGCCAAAUCCAAAUGCUGAGUAUUGGAUUCAAUGACACUCAAGUUUAGAAGAGCAUCACGUAUUUCUGUCAACUUUCUGCAGGUGCAGGCAGGUCUACACACUAGACUCUCUCUGAGAAAACUCUAAGGAGGACGAUGCUUGCUGACAGGAGACCAGUCUGUUCUCUAGAGGUGCUGAUGUACUGACCAUACUAGAUGGGCCACUGGGACAUGGGGAAGGGAGGGUAAAGAACCAGUACAGAAGGACUUGGCACAAGUUGGGUGUUUCGCUGCUGUCUGUCAGUGCACCUCACCAGUCCAUCCAGUGAAGAGGUCCUGAGGACAUGACUUGGCUUGGUCUUUCUUGUCUCUAGAUACUGGUCUUGGAAGGCCAUUUCUCAUGUCUUAACCUUUCUGUGUGAAAGAUAACUUGUGCAUGAUGAUGACAUAGCUUUGGAAAAGUCACAAAAGAGCAUGACCAAUGCAUUCUGCUUUCAGGAGGUAGAUCUGAUGCUCCGCCAAAAGGUUCAUAGCUCUGGUCUCCCUGCAAUGUCUGCCAUUGUUAUCUACAACGACACUGUGCUCUGGACAGGCAACUUUGGAAAGAAGAAUGGUUCAGACCCCUCCUCAGUGGUGCCCAAUGAGUACACUAUUUACAGAAUUGCCAGUGUCUCCAAGAUCUUUCCCACCAUUAUGUUGUACAAGAUGUGGGAGGAAGGAAAAGUCACAUCUCUUGAUGACCCAUUGGAACGUUAUGCCCAGAACUUUGUUAUUAAGAACCCUCUGGGAAUGAUCAAGGAAUCCGAACAGAGAUACACUGCAGAUGGGCUGGUGUCUUUGGAAAAAGGCUCAAUGCCGCUUAAGCCAUCACCUGUUACCUUGCGCAGAAUGGCCAGCCAGCUCUCAGGUCUGCCCAGGAGGCUGCGAUCUACCAGCCUGCUGUGGAAGGGCAAUACGCAGGAUGCUCUAGCUCUCCUCAAAGAUGAUGUCUUGGUUGCUGAUCCAGGAACCAGAUGUCACUACAGCAAUUUGGCCUUCUCACUGAUGGCACAUGUGCUAGCCAACCAUGCAGCUGAGGGGCAAUACCAGCACUGGAUCUCAGAGAACAUCCUUGAUCGCUUGGGUAUGGAAGACACAGGUUUCGACAUCACACCACCGAUCCGAUCCCAGAUGGCUGUGGGUUUCUACAGGAGCCGGCAGCUGGCCCCUCUCUAUGACCUUGGCUGGUACAGGCCUUCUGGCCAGAUGUACUCCACAGCUGCUGACCUUGCCAAGCUGGCAAUGGUCUUCUUAGGCACCUAUCACCGUCGUCUCCUAGAGCCUGACACAGUGAAGACGAUGCUGACGCCUCUGUUUAAGUGCUCCACUGAAUACUUUGCUAACAAGACUGGCACACCCUGGGAGAUUAAUGAACAGCUGGGCUAUGAUGUCAUUAGGAAGGAUGGAGACCUUGACGGUUAUUCAGCUACCUUCUCUCUAAUCCCCAAGCUCCGCCUGAGCUUCAUUGUGCUGAUGGCAGGGCCCAGGCCUCAGGGUGGAGAUAUUGUGACUCAGACAUAUGAGUAUCUCAUUCCUGCCAUGGAGACAGCAUUCAGAGAGGCAGAGAAAAGCUUGAUUCCUCCUCCAAGUCCAGGCCCUUAUGUUGGCUACUAUACCUAUUCAAACCUGACUUUCUAUGAGAUUAAAGUUGGACCUGGUGGGGUGCUGGUUAUGCAGCAGUUUGGGCCUCACGUGGAAGAGCUGAUUCCUGAAAAGUACCGGACAAUCAAGCUCCACCACUUGGAAGAUCGUGUUUUCCAAGUUGUUUUUGACAAGGAGUUCCCAUGUGUUCUGCACCUGGGCUCUGCCUCCAUCUCACUGGAGACCCAAAAUGGGCAGCUCUUUAACUUUUAUCCAUUCGACCGCAAGGGUUUGUCUCCUGGCUUUGAUGCACCAGGGCUGAACACAUACAAUGUGGUGCGUGUACUUCAUAAGCCUGUAUUCUAUAGCUAAAUGUCCCCUCUACUUUUCUGACCACUUCUGGGAGGUGGCUCCAAAUCUCUAUCUUACCAGACUCUCCUGUCUGUGUGGCUUUAUGGGUGCCAUUUAAAAGGGAAAGAUGGUGGCAAAUUAUUCUUUUGCCCAACAAAUAUGUCACAUCCCCCUUCUAACAUGACUUUAAUGCAGUCCUUGGCAGUGCACUAUAUGCCAGCAAGCAACUGGGCAUGCCUGCAGAAAUGAGGUAGAAAUGUGCUGGAUGGAUGGUGUUUGGAUGCCAUAAAAAAUCCAAGCACUUAAGUCUCCACACUUUCAUUGUCUGAUGACCACUGUGGUGAUUGACUGGUAUCAUCAAAGGGCUGAGAAUUUCCUGUGUCUCUCAGAAAACAUCUCUUCUUCAGUCCAAGGGUUUUUCCAGAGCUCUUCAGGACCCCAUCUACCAUGAACAAGAUUCCUCACCUGGAUUUGUUAAAAGCAUUAUGUGCUAGAAAAUGGCACAAGCCUGAUACCAGACUCUGCUUGUGAUACCUGGGAAGUGAGGGUUCAUUUCUUUCCUGGAUCACAACAAGGAAAUCAUGAAAAGAGCAGACAGCAAGGUGGUUACAUCUUGGCUCCAUGGACUUCUGCAAAAGCAGUGGUCACACAAAGGAUAUUGUAACACUUAAGUACAGAAGCUGAAGCUUAGUCCUGUGAGCAGGGCCAUAUGAACAUAUGCUGGUAUAUUUUAGCUGAACUCAGGUUUGUGGCUAUCUCAAUAUAUAGGCAUUUAAGUACAGGAAUGUAUGGGAACCUUUAUGUGUGUUUUGGGCAGAGUGUCUAUGGAUACAUACCCACUGUGUUUAGGCAGGUAUGAGAGAGGAUGCUGAGGGAAAGUGCAUUAGCCUGGGGGACACUAUAUUCAGGAGAGGUGCACCUGCAAGUAACCUGCAAAGCCACAGGUGUGUUUUCUUCUCCCUUCUUGUGCCCACUCAGUGCCAAGGCAGGCGGGACUGGUGAUAUGUCAUUAAUGGCCAAAACCAUAUCACUGUGAUGAAAAAAGUGUCAGACACAAGAGCAAGACAGGGCAAGUACCACCGACUGAGAUCUCUUGCCUCCUGCAAUACCCCUUCAAGUUUAGGAGAGUAUUGUGGUUGCAGCCUUAACUGGAACCUGGAAAAAUAAAACAAG